CCAGUGCUUGAACGACCGAUACCCAGCAGAAGUGCCUCAAAAGUGCCGCCCGUCAGCCACGGCACGCCGCCCCCAGCCAUGAACUGCAUGGUGCUCCUCCUGGUGGCCGCCGUCGUGCUCGCGAGGUGCGACGCGGACGCCUCUGCCGCGGCGGCCCCGGACCCCGCGCCAGCCCCGGCCGAGACCCCGGCCGCGGCGCCCGCGCCGGACGCGCCCAAGAAGGACAAGAAGACCGAGAAGAGGGGGCUGUACGGGCUCGGGUACGGCCUGCCUCUCGGGCCCUACCCCUACGGGCUGCUCGCGCCGGCCGGGCCGCCGCACGGGCCGCCCGGGCCGGGCCCGCUGCCAGGGCCACUGCCGGGCCCGGGGCUGUACCCGGGCCCAUACCCCGGGCCGUACCCUGGCGCCUACCCCUACCUGGACCACGGCCACGUCAAGACCGUCACCAUCACCAAAGCCGUGCCGUACCCGGUGCCCCAGCCGUACCCGGUCACGGUGGAGAAGCACGUUCCCUACGCUGUGAAGGGUUAG